AUGUUUUUCACUUUCGUUGUGCGUCCGGGUGAGGCCCCUGAGGGCCGGGGACCGCAGCUCGAGCCAUUCUGGACCUUCCUUGUAAAUUACAACCUUCGCCUUGGCCUGCUGAUCCAACUGACCGCCUACGCAACUCUCCUCGCAACUACAUCGUCUGGCGGUAAAGAUCCUCUUUCGCUCCUCAGCUUCUUCAGGUCUAACCCUGAGUCUGUCGGAAAGUCCCCUCUCUGGGCAGCUCAGCUCGCCUGCUGCCUAUUUAUCCUUGGAAACCUCACCACGAUGGCAUUCCAAUCUCUGACGGACGACGACAGCAGCAUCAAGCAGUCCCGUGGGUACCGAUCCGGCACCAAGUUCUUGCAGCAAGCCUCCUCCUUUGGGCUCUUUGCAUCUACCUUGGCUCUUCUUGUUUUUUACUCGGCCAAUUAUUACUUUGACGAUCCUUGGAUGAGCAAAAACUUCGGGAGUGGCUCUUCAUGGCUUAUCUUCUUCACCUCUCGCGUUUGCGACGCCUUUGCGCUCUUUUUCUAUGCCGGCUCAAUUUUCUUCUUGGAAGCAUAUCACUCCGAAGGAGCUGGCGAGGCGUGGGGAUGGCUGGGAGCCAUUUGCUUUAAGCUUGCUGCAUUUGCAGAGAUUGCAGCGCUAGCUGCGUGGGGAAGCUCCUCGUUCGAGGUGCUUGAUGCGGUCUUCACCGUUAUGCUUGGAGUUUCCCUCAGCAUUGCGUUUCUUUGGUCGCUUUUUUUCGAGCCUGCCAGCCACCGGUUUGACGUUCGCCUAACACAGUCAGCGAUGAGAAAUGAGUACUACAAGUCUCGCAACGCCAUGGCGUACUACGGCCCAGCAGUUGUGAACGCGGAUGGUGAAAUUGACAUCGCUGCAGCUGCAGAGCAAGCCCAGGCAUGUCUGAACUGCACACCCUGCUAA